AUGCUCCUGUCGCGCGGACCGAAGCAGAAGCGUACCCGCCCCUCUGACCCGCAUCCCGCCGCCGCCCUGCCGGAGGCCUACCAGCUCGCCCUGGCCGUGCUGCCGCAUAUACGUCACGACGUGCCCGAGGAUAGCCGCCGCGUAGACCGAUUCACCGCCGUGGCCUUGCUGGGCAUUCGCAAGGGAGAACCCAUCGCCUGGGCAAAGGACCGCAGCUGGAGAGCAUCUUCGUUGAUGCUGCCAAUCGGAUGCACAAGAAAGACAGUGUUCAUGCGCUUUCAUUUGUGA